AUGGAGAAAAUCAUCAAUCGAUUAGCCAGUCUCGGUAUGUUCCCGCGUGUUGCUCUAUCACACCUUGAUGACCGGAUAUUAGAUGAUCUAUUGGAAUCUGAAGGAAUCAUAACAGAGCCAGGCGUUGCAUUGCUUGGUAGACUGUAUCACAUGCUUCGCCAUCAUCAAUACCUGAACUACUUUGGCCAACCUGAAGCUCGCCUAUUACGAACCCAUUCAAUGGGCCCAGGGACUAGAACGCAGGGACCUUUUCCUUUCAUACUUACAGUUGCUAUGUUAUGCCUUCCAGUUUUGGUUUGCGAACACCUUAAGCAGAUUUAUGUAGACGGUCUGGUCAAUUAUCUUGACCUCAAAAACUUCAUCAAUGACUUCAACACUCAGAACAAUGCGCAAAUCACCUUGGCAGGGGUCAUCAUGGCGAUCGAUGCCGGUUUCCUUGCUGUGCAAGGUGUCGGUACUGGAUUGGUCGCAGAGUCUAUGUUGAAGGGAUCUAUUAUUUUCUCUGUGGGCUGCCUGUUUGCGGGCAUGUUUGCGCAACACUUCAGCGAGAAAUUGAAAUCUUUGUGA